UCUUCAGCUACAGUGAGAUCGGACAGAACACCUUUAAAAUAAAAAAGUCACCUUUGACCUCAAAACUCACGAAAAUGGAUCAAAACUAGAGCGAGAGGGCCCCAAACCCUAAGCAUCAAUGGAGACUCCUCCACCUGAGGAGCUCCUGAAGAAGAUCCAGGAUCUUGAAGCGGGCCACGCGAAGCUGAAGCAGGAGAUCUCGAGUCUGAUGCCGCCGGCGUCGCCUCCUCGUGCGCCCCUGCCAUCCGCGAUGCCGGCACUUGGCGACGGGGGAAGCCAGACGUUCCGGCUGUCGGAGCGGCAGUAUCUGAAUAUAUUGCAGUCGAUGGGGCAGUCUGUUCACAUAUUUGAUCUCGAUGGCAGGAUUAUUUACUGGAACCGGUCUGCGGAGAAUCUUUAUGGGUUUUCACCUUCAGAAGCCCUUGGUCAGGAUGCCAUUGGACUGCUUAUAGAUUCUAGUGACUUUGAAAUUGCAAAUAAUAUUUUCCAUCGCACAACCAUGGGGGAAAGCUGGACAGGAAAAUUUCCUGUAAAGAACAAAUCAGGGGAGCGGUUUCUAGCGAUUGCCACAAACAGUCCUUUCUAUGACGAUGAUGGUAGUUUGGUUGGAAUCAUAUGUGUAUCAAGCGAUUCACGGUACUUCCAGGAAGUGGCAACUUGUUCCUGCUGCAAGAAGCCAAUGGCAGCUGACUCUAACAGCGCUAGAAUCCUGUUAACAAGUAAAGGCAUUUCAGAUUCUCAGCAACCUCUCCAAGUUGCCAUUGCCUCCAAACUAUCAAAUCUGGCAACUAAGGUGAAAACACAAGCCACUAAGGUCACUAACGAGGUCCGUUCUCGAAUAAGGACAAAUGAGAAUAUGAACAAUGAUGGUGUAAGUGGAGAUAACCAACAUUCUGAGCUUGGAACAACACUAGAGCAUAAGGAAGAUGCAACAUCAAGUGCCUUUGGCGAGUCUUCCUCUGCAUCCAAUGAAAAAAGAUAUCCCGUAAACAUAAUCAAAGAUAAAGGGGAUCCUGAGGGAAAGGCAGGAAUUCACAAGAUCAUUGGCUUGAAAGCAGAGGCCUGGAUUGCCAAGAAGGGGUUAUCGUGGCCUAGAAAAUAUAAUGAACAUGAUGGACCUGAUGCAAGGAAUCGUUCAGUGGAGCAAGAAUGUGAUGCAAGUCAACCAAGGGCUUCUGAAUCUAAUGGUAAACCAGACAGUCAGGUCAAUGAAAGCAAUCGGCCAGGAAACAAUGAGGCUUCAGGGUCCUGGUCAUCUUAUAAUGCUAACAGCACAGGCAGUGUAAGUAGUAGCGGAAGCACCACUAGUGGCAGUACCACUCACAAAAUGGAUAUAGAGACUGACUGCUUAGAUUAUGAGAUCUUAUGGGAGGACCUGACAAUUUGUGAGCAAAUAGGUCAAGGUUCUUGUGGAACUGUAUAUCAUGCGUUAUGGUAUGGCUCGGAUGUUGCAGUUAAAGUAUUCUCAAAGCUGGAAUAUUCAGAUGAAGUCAUACUUACCUUUAGGCAAGAGGUAUCACUCAUGAAGAAGCUUCGACAUCCAAAUAUACUACUUUUCAUGGGUGCGGUUACUUCUCCGCAGCGACUUUGCAUUGUAACCGAGUUUCUUCCACGUGGGAGUUUGUUUCGGUUGCUUCAAAGGAACACAACUAAAGUUGACUGGAGAAGACGAAUUCAUAUGGCAAUGGAUAUUGCGAGGGGCAUGAACUAUCUGCAUCACUGCAAUCCACCGAUCAUUCAUCGUGAUUUAAAGUCAUCAAAUUUGUUGGUGGAUAAGAACUGGACAGUUAAGGUAUUUCUGGUCUUUUCCCGUUUAAAGCAUGAAACAUAUGUGACUACAAAUACUGGGAAAGGAACGCCACAAUGGAUGGCUCCAGAAGUUCUUCGCAAUGAGGUGGCAGAUGAGAAGUCUGAUGUGUACAGCUAUGGAGUAAUACUAUGGGAGAUUGUCACUGAGAAGAUACCUUGGGAUAAUCUCAACUCAAUGCAGGUGAUCGGAGCAGUAGGUUUUAUGAACAAGAGGUUGGAGCUCCCGAGAGACUUGGAUCCAAAGUGGGUCUCGAUCAUAGAGAGUUGUUGGCAUAGUGAUCCACAAUGCCGGCCAUCAUUCCAAGAAAUACUCGAACGGUUCAAAGAUCUGCAGAGGCAGUACAUGGUUCAGUCUCAGUUGCAACGUUUUGCUCAUGGAGAUGCUGAACAAAGUGCUGUUAAACCAAAUGCUAAGGAGUAAAGCGGCAUCAGCUUGCCAGUGCUUUGAUCAGUUUGCGUGCUUAAUGCGUCAGAUGGCAAAUUAACUCUUCACCUGCUCAGGAGCAGGAUUUGUUCCAUCGUUGGCUGUAAAUUGCUCGGUUCUGUAGAUACUUGAGAAAUGUAGCAGGGUAUACUGUUCAUUUGUCUUGGAGGAGCCAAACUCAGCUUUUAAAUAUGUUUCAGGAUUGAAUUUGGGUUAAUUGCAGGUAGAGCUUUGCACUAUUUGCCAAAGGAAUUGUUGAAUUGGAUGGUUAAUAACACGAGGGGAAAAAAGAGAGAGAGAGAAUUGAGGGCAUAAGCUAUACAAAUUGUAUGUGUAUAAUACCACCUGCAGUGGGAUUUGUUGUUGGAUAUCAGGUGGGAUGUAUUUGGUAGUUCUCAAAUGUUUACAGGUGUAAAAAUACCGUUAAGAGUCCUGACUGAAGGAUUGAUUUAUUGUAUAAAUCAUAGGAUAGAACAUUCUGUGUUGAGAUAUGUUGUACUUAAACCUACUUGAGGGGGAAAAAAAAAUAAUGACACCUGUCACAGUCAUGCAUCUUGGGCUGGUCAAGAAUAGUAUUUGAAAUAUGUAUUGGGUUUGUUU